AUGACUUGGUCUCACUGUGGCUCUCCCUGUCUUCCAGCAGUGACAGAAGGCUACGUGGGGUCCCUUCAGGACGACAGACACAGCAGCUCUGCACAGAUCCGCAGGCGCAAGGCCUCAGGGGACCCGUACUGGGCCUACUCCGGUACCUAUGGGCCUGAGCACUGGGUGACGUCUAGCAUGAGCUGCGGGGGCCGUCACCAGUCUCCGGUGGACAUUUCGGACCAGCAUGCUCGUGUUGGCGAGGAGUACCAGGAGCUGCUGCUCGAUGGCUUCGACAACGAGUCUUCUAACAAAACCUGGAUGAAAAACACAGGCAAAACAGUUGCCAUCCUUCUCAAAGAUGACUAUUUCGUCAGUGGUGCUGGCCUGCCUGGGAGAUUCAAAGCCGAGAAGAUCGAGUUUCACUGGGGCCACAGCAACGGCUCUGCGGGCUCCGAGCACAGCAUCAAUGGCAGGCGCUUUCCUGUUGAGAUGCAGAUUUUCUUUUACAAUCCAGACGACUUUGAUAGCUUUCAAACUGCGAUUUCUGAAAACAGGAUCAUCGGAGCCAUGGCCAUAUUUUUUCAAGUCAGUCCAAGGGACAAUUCUGCACUGGAUCCUAUUAUCCACGGGUUGAAGGGCGUCGUACAUCAUGAGAAGGAGACCUUUCUGGAUCCUUUCAUUCUCCGGGACCUCCUGCCUGCAUCCCUGGGCAGCUAUUACCGGUACACGGGUUCUCUGACCACCCCGCCGUGUAGUGAAAUUGUGGAGUGGAUAGUCUUCCGGAGGCCUGUCCCCAUCUCCUACCACCAGCUUGAGGCUUUUUAUUCCAUCUUCACCACGGAGCAGCAAGACCACGUCAAGUCGGUGGAGUACCUGCGGAACAACUUCCGGCCGCAGCAGGGGCUGCACGGCAGGGUGGUGUCCAAGUCGGCCGUCCGCGACGCCUGGAACCACGACCUCACAGACUUCCUCGAGAACCCUCUGGGGACAGAAGCCUCGAAAGUCUGCAGCUCCCCACCUGUCCACAUGAAGGUGCAGCCUCUGAACCAGACGGCACUGCAGGUGUCCUGGAGCCAGCCGGAGACCAUCUACCACCCGCCCAUCAUGAACUACGUGAUCUCCUACAGCUGGACCAAGAACGAAGACGAGAAGGAGAAGACGUUUACAAAGGACAGCGACAAAGAAUUGAAAGCCACCAUUAGCCACGUCUCACCUGAUAGCCUUUACCUGUUCCGCGUCCAAGCCGUGUGUCAGAAUGAUAUGCGCAGUGACUUCAGCCAGACGAUGCUGUUUCAAGCUAAUACCACUCGAAUAUUCCAAGGGACCAGAAUUGUUAAAACAGGAGUGCCCACAGCGUCUCCCGCCUCUUCGGCCGACAUGGCCCCCAUCAGCUCGGGCUCUUCGACCUGGACCUCCUCCGGCAUCCCCUUCUCAUUCGUGUCCAUGGCGACUGGGAUGGGCCCAUCCUCCAGUGGCAGCCAGGCGACCGUGGCCUCGGUGGUGACCAGCACGCUGCUGGCCGGCCUGGGCUUCGGCGGCGGCGGCAUCUCCUCCUUCCCCAGCACCGUGUGGCCCACGCGCCUCCCCGCCGCAGCGGCCAGCAAGCACGCCGUCAGGCCAGUCCUGGCCACCACGGAGGCCGUGGCUUCUCCAGGCCCGGAUGGCGACGCAGCCCCCAGCAAGGACGGCGAGGGCACCGAGGACGGAGAAAAGGACGAGAAGAGGGAGAGUGAGGACGGGGAGCGGGAGGACGAGGGAGAGAAGGACUCCGAGAAGAAGGAGAAGAGCGGGGUGACCCAUGCCGCCCGGGGGCGGAGCCAGGCCGAGCCCACCCCUGCGCCCUCCUCUCCCAGUAGAGCCGCCCAGGACGGGGGGCAUCAGACUCUGCCUGGGCCCCAGCAAGACCACACUGCCGUCCCCAGCGGCCAGCCCGAUGACACGAGGGCUGCUGACCUGGUCUCCGAGUCCGCCACCUCCACCCAAGUGCCCCCCACAGUCACAGAGGAGCGUUAUGAAGGGAACGAUCACGAGAGUCCCGGAAUGCCAUCGAGAAAGCCUGCGCCCCGAGGGGACCGCCUGUCCGAGGACAGCAGAUUCAUCACUGUUAACCCAGAAAAGAACACCUCUGGGAUGAUAAGCCGCCCUUCUCCAGGGAGGAUGGAGUGGAUCAUCCCUCUGAUUGUGGUGUCAGCCUUGACCUUCGUGUGCCUCAUCCUUCUCAUUGCUGUGCUAGUUUACUGGAGAAAAUGUUUCCAGACAGCUCAUUUCUAUGUGGAAGAUAGCAGUUCACCUCGGGUGGUCCCCAAUGAAAGUAUUCCUAUUAUCCCUAUUCCAGAUGACAUGGAGGCCAUCCCCGUCAAGCAGUUUCUGAAACACAUCGGGGAGCUCUAUUCUAACAACCAGCAUGGCUUCUCUGAGGAUUUCGAGGAAGUCCAGCGCUGUACGGCUGACAUGAACAUCACCGCAGAACAUUCCAAUCAUCCAGAUAACAAGCACAAAAACAGAUACAUCAACAUUUUAGCAUAUGAUCACAGUAGAGUGAAGUUAAGACCUUUACCAGGAAAAGACUCUAAGCACAGCGACUACAUUAAUGCAAACUAUGUCGAUGGUUACAACAAAGCAAAAGCCUACAUCGCCACCCAGGGACCUUUGAAGUCGACAUUUGAAGAUUUCUGGAGGAUGAUUUGGGAACAAAACACUGGAAUCAUUAUCAUGAUUACGAACCUUGUGGAAAAAGGAAGACGAAAAUGUGAUCAGUAUUGGCCAACAGAGAACAGCGAGGAGUAUGGAAACAUUAUCGUCACACUGAAGAGCACAAAAGUUCACGCCUGCUACACCGUCCGCCGCUUCUCGGUCAGGAACGCAAAAGUGAAGAAGGGUCAGAAGGGCAACGCCAAGGGCCGCCAGAAUGAAAGGGCAGUGAUCCAGUACCACUACACGCAGUGGCCGGACAUGGGUGUGCCCGAGUACGCGCUCCCCGUGCUGACCUUCGUGAGGAGGUCCUCGGCUGCCCGCACGCCGGACAUGGGCCCCGUGCUGGUGCACUGCAGCGCCGGCGUGGGCAGGACAGGCACCUACAUCGUCAUCGACAGCAUGCUGCAACAGAUAAAAGACAAAAGCACAGUGAACGUCCUGGGGUUCCUGAAGCAUAUCAGGACACAGCGUAACUACCUCGUCCAGACUGAGGAGCAGUACAUUUUCAUCCAUGAUGCCUUGUUGGAAGCCAUUCUUGGAAAGGAGACGGAAGUAUCUUCAAGUCAACUGCAUAGCUAUGUGAACAGCAUCCUCAUACCAGGAGUAGGAGGAAAGACACGACUGGAAAAACAAUUCAAGCUGGUCACGCAGUGUAACGCCAAGUACGUGGAGUGCUUCAGUGCUCAGAAGGAGUGCAACAAGGAGAAGAACAGGAACUCCUCCGUCGUGCCGUCUGAGCGUGCGCGAGUGGGCCUCGCACCGCUGCCGGGGAUGAAAGGGACGGACUACAUCAAUGCGUCUUAUAUCAUGGGCUAUUAUAGGAGCAAUGAAUUUAUCAUAACCCAGCAUCCUCUGCCACAUACUACGAAAGACUUCUGGCGAAUGAUUUGGGAUCAUAAUGCACAGAUCAUUGUCAUGCUGCCAGACAACCAGAGCUUGGCAGAAGAUGAGUUUGUGUACUGGCCAAGUCGAGAAGAAUCCAUGAACUGUGAGGCCUUUACCGUCACCCUUAUCAGCAAAGACAGACUGUGCCUCUCUAACGAAGAGCAGAUUAUCAUCCAUGACUUUAUUCUGGAAGCUACACAGGAUGACUAUGUCCUAGAAGUUCGGCACUUUCAGUGUCCCAAAUGGCCUAACCCAGAUGCCCCCAUAAGCAGUACCUUUGAACUUAUCAACGUCAUCAAGGAAGAGGCCUUAACGAGGGACGGCCCCACCAUUGUCCAUGAUGAGUACGGAGCAGUUUCAGCGGGAAUGCUGUGUGCCCUCACCACCCUAUCCCAGCAACUAGAGAAUGAAAAUGCUGUGGAUGUUUUCCAGGUUGCAAAAAUGAUCAAUCUUAUGAGGCCUGGAGUAUUCACAGACAUUGAACAAUACCAGUUUGUCUAUAAAGCAAUGCUCAGCUUGGUCAGCACUAAAGAAAAUGGAAACGGUCCCAUGACAGUGGACAAAAAUGGUGCUGUUCUCAUUGCAGAUGAAUCGGACCCUGCCGAGAGCAUGGAAUCCCUAGUGUGAUUGGAAUCCUGACAGGGCACUUAAUUUGUAAACUUCUGAAGACUGAGAACUUUUUUGAGGCCUUUUUUGCCAGACUCUAGGUUAUACAAUAACCCAGUUACUUUUUUACACUGAUAAAAGUUUUGAUAUUUAUUUUUUGCCAUUUUAUGUCUUAAUGGUAUCCUACUGAGCAUUUGCACCUCUGUUCAUUUCCCCCAGUGAGACGCAAUGUGACCUAGUUUGCACUAUCUGAUCAGUGUUACUGCCUAUAAUCUAAUACUACAGCGAACCCUGAUGGACAUUCCGUAACAACAUACAUGCUCCUCUUUAGUUCAGUGCAGUGAAGGUCUUUGUUAUGACAGUGAACCUUGAUUUCGUUAUUAUUGCUCAAGCAGCUGCAUUCUCCUCGCAGGCGAUGCUGUAUUUUUCCACAGUCCUCCUCUCCUACUUUUUUAGACAUUGUUCAAUACUGUACACCUUCUAUAUUUCAAUGGAGUGGGUGAGCAUUGUUUUCUUUUAAAGAAUCGCAGGUUAUUGGGAGCUACUAAGAAGGUCUGUCGACCUCAUGGCCUUGAAACAGUUCCAUUUAUGAUGGUGAAGACAUCCAUUAAGAAGGUUUAAGAGUUGCUUCAUGUGAACAUCACUUAUUAGUUACAAACUUAUAUUCAUAGCUUAAAAAUGCCCAAUUGUGUCAAAAUAAAGGAUAUCUCUGUAUU